AUGACGAGCUGCGUGCGAUGGUAUGACUGUCGGAGUGGAUACUACCUCGACGGGUGCAACAUCACGUCAAGCCUGAGCUCGGACUGCAGGGUCUACUACAACUCCUCCAGCUACUUCGCAUGCAGCGGCAGCCUUACAGCCUCCUGCAGAGCCUGCUCCAACUGCUCCGCCGGCCAUUUCAUCUCCACAGCCUGCGGACUGCACUCUGACGUCGGCUGCAGCCCCUGCGGUCAGGGAAGCUUCUCCGACAACGGUCGCACGUGCGAGAGCUGCCCGUCAGGGACCUUCGCGUCUUCGCUCGGCCAGUCCGCCUGCGCCCCGUGCGGCCUCGGGAGCUUCUCUGACGUGAAGGGAGCCAAGGAGUGCAGCCAAUGUCCGGUGGGGGAGUACGCGGAUGCCGACGGGGCCGUCAGCUGUAAGAAAUGCCCGAGCGGAAGGACGACGGCAGGGAAGGGAAGCGCCUCUAGUGCAGACUGUGUCUGCGAAGUAUGCCCUGUCAACUUCACCUCAGCCCCCGGCUCGGUCAGCAGCUACGACUGUCACUGCGAUCAGACGAAGACGGACUGCUCGACCUGCGCUGCCGACGAGUAUCUUGCGGGCUCCUACACCUCCGGCACGAGCUGUGCUGCCUGCCCAGCUCACUCGACCUCACCUGCUAAGAGCUUGAUGAUAUCGCAGUGUACCUGCAACGAGGGCUACGAGCGAAGUUCCAUCACUGAGUGCAGCGCAUGUAGCGCAGGCAAGUACAAGGCAGGACGAGGAAACUCCCUCUGCUCCUCCUGCCCGCAAAACUCUACGACCACUCAGACGGGUCAGACGUCCUGUCAGUGCCUUCCCGGCUACAAGAGGGCGAACGAGGCGUGUCUGGCGUGUGCUGCUGGGACCUACUCCUCCUCCUACGAGUCAAGCUCCUGCAGUGCCUGCCCCGCUCACUCGACGUCGCCGGCAGCAAGCUCCUCCAGCACGAGCUGCGUCUGCAUGCCCGGAGGGACGUGCCUUGAAUGUCCGGCGUAUCGCAACUCCACGCAAGGCUCCUCCUCCUUGAGCGACUGCGUGCAAUGCAAGCGAUGUAACGCCUCGAGCUUCUUGUCUGCCUGCUCCCCGUCCUACCAGGGCGACUGCAGGGCCUGCCGCAGGUGUAAGGCCGACGAGUUUGCCCUGCAGAACUGCUCGUGGAAGAGCGACGCCAAGUGCUCGAGCUGCAGCUCGCUCUCCUGCAGCUCGGGGCAGUACAGGACAGGAUGCGGCUCUGGGUCGACAGGAGAGUGCAGGAGCUGCUCCACCUGCUCUCUGACGGAGUAUCAGUCCGCUCCUUGCUCGCAGAUGGCGGACGCCAGCUGCUCUGCCUGUGCGGUCAAAGCCUGCGGAGACGGAUACUACUGGAGCGGGUGUAACGGAGUGAGUCAGGGACAGUGCGUG